CAGCAGUGCUUAGGAAAGACAGAUAGUCAGGCAGCGGCAAGGGGUGGCUGUACGACCCUCUUUUGGGGGGGGUCUGAUUAUUACAAAAAAAAUAUACACACAUAUAUGCAUGCCCCGGCCGCAAGAUAGGUCAUAUGACGAUAAUAGGUAUUUUAGAAAGCAUAUAGCUAUAUAUCUAUAAAUUUAAGAUGCCUAUUUUACUUUUCCUGAUAGACACGUCCGCUUCUAUGAAUCAGCGCACUUAUUUGGGUACGACGUAUCUGGACAUUGCUAAAGGCGCGGUUGAGAUCUUUAUGAAGCUGCGUGCCCGAGACCCGGCUAGUAGAGGCGACAGGUACAUGCUAGUUACAUUCGAUGAUCCACCAUACGGAGUUAAGGCGGGCUGGAAGGAGAACCAUGCCACGUUUAUGAGUGAACUGAAGAAUCUGCAGGCGUCUGGACUGACAACUCUGGGUCACGCUCUCCGCGCAGCCUUUGACCUACUCAACCUAAACCGCCUUGUCUCUGGCAUCGACAACUAUGGACAGGGCCGUAACCCGUUCUUUCUGGAGCCUUCGGUGAUCAUCACCAUCACGGAUGGGAACAAGCUGACUCACACCUCUGGGGUGCCGGAUGAGCUUCACCUGCCCCUGACCUCUCCACUGCCAGGCAGUGAGCUGACCAAGGAGCCAUUCCGGUGGGACCAGCGGCUCUUCGCCCUGGUGCUGCGUCUCCCUGGGGCAGCCACGCCCGACAGCGAGCAGCUGGGCAGCGUCCCCAACGACGAGUCUGCCAUCACCCAGAUGUGUGAGGUCACUGGAGGUCGGUCAUACUGUGUACGGACUCAGAGGAUGCUGAACCAGUGUCUGGACUCUCUGGUCCAGAAGGUUCUGAGUGGUGUCGUCAUUAACUUUGAAAAGACAGGGCCAGAUCCGCCUCUGGUAGGCGAAGAUGGUAUGGUUGACCCGAGCCGGGCCGUGUUGUCCUUCAGCCCACAGCCCUGGCACAGCUGCCACAAGCUCAUCUACGUGCGACCCAACCCCAAGACAGGGGUGCCUGUAGGCCACUGGCCGAUCCCCGAGUCCUUCUGGCCGGACCAGAACUCCCCCGCUCUGCCUCCUCGCUCUGCCCACCCCAUGGUGCGUUUCACCUGUGUGGACUGUGAGCCCAUGGUGAUUGACAAGCUGCCCUUUGACAAGUACGAACUGGAGCCCUCGCCACUCACCCAGUAUAUCCUGGAGAGGAAGUCCCCACACAUGUGCUGGCAGGUCUUUGUGAACAGUAGUGGAAAGCACAGUGACCUAGCCCAGCCCUUUGGCUACCUGAAGGCCAGCACCACUCUCUCCUGUGUCAACCUCUUCGUCAUGCCUUACAACUACCCAGUUGUUUUGCCACUCCUUGAUGACCUGUUUAAAGUGCACAAACUGAAGCCAAACCUAAAGUGGCGGCAGGCCUUUGAGAUCUACCUGAAGACCAUGCCUCCUUACUUUCUCUUGCCAUUGAAGAAGGCACUGCGCAUGAUGGGAGCGCCCAACCUCAUCUCCGACAACAUGGACUGUGGCCUCAGCUACAGUGUCAUCUCCUACCUAAAGAAGCUUAGCCAGCAGGCAAAGAUGGAGUCAGAUCGCCUGAUCGUGUCUGUAGGGAAGAAGGCUCCCCAAGAGACUGGGAUAAAGGUGAAGAACCACUCCAACACUCUGUCCCUGGCCCACCGCAAAGACUUCAAGCAGCUGCUGCAGGGUAUCACUGGAGAGAUGUCCCUCCGCCUUGCAGACAUCAACUUCAAGGAGUUUGCCGGCUUUCAGAUUGCACUGCUCAACAAGGAUCUAAAGCCUCAGGCGUAUCGAAACGCCUAUGACAUCCCAAGGAGGAACCUUCUGGAUCAGCUGACACGGAUGCGCUCCAACCUUCUGAGGACUACUCAGAAACUUAUCAGAGGACAAGAUGAAGACUACCUUCACAGUAUACCCAUGGUUCAGAUGGGCAACUAUCAGGAGUAUCUAAAGAUGAUGCCCUCUCCUCUGAGAGAGAUCGACCCUGACCAACCCAAACGCCUGCACACCUUCGGCAACCCAUUCAAACAGGACAAGAAGGGGAUGAUGAUUGAUGAGGCAGAUGAGUUUGUAACGGGUCCCCAAAGCAAGAAGAGAGGCGUUACUGGGGACCCCAACUCGGGGGCUGCUCUGAAGAGAAGGCGGAGCAUGUCCCCUUUACUGCGUCGGCCCCAGACUCCACCAAUCAUCACCAACCAUGUAGUGGGGAAGGGGUCCAAUGGGAACGGGGUCCCGGGACAGCCUGGCAUCAAGCCCAUCCCACUGCACAAAGGAGCAGAGGGGAACAGCAUGCUGGGCACAGAGAAUAACAGGGAGGGGGGUGUGGGGCCUGAAUCAGGGGACGGCUGGCCUGGAGUGGUGGUGGACGGUGUGGACGGUGUGUGCACAAAUGCACUCAUCCUGGAGGAGAGAGAGAGUGAGAGGCCUGGGAUGUGUGCGGGGGACAGUGGGGAGGACAGUGGCGUGGAGGAGGACAGGUUAGGGGAGGGUGGCCUGGAUGAGCGGCCCCCCUCAGAGAGACAGCAGCAAAGCUGUGAGGGGGACCAGGAGGGAGAGCUGGAGGGAGAUGAAAAUGGAGCAGACCAAGCUGAGCCUGAGGCGGUCACCAUAGCCCCACUAGAUGGCAGCAAUGCUGAGCUGCGCACGCGGGUCAUCAAGGAGGUCCGCAAACCUGGCCGCAACUAUGAGACCAUAUUCAGGCUGCUGGAGGAGGUGAAGGGGUCUGUGACGAUCCAGAGGUACUUCAUCCAUCACGCGAUCAAGGAGGCUGCCAGGUUUAAGAAGCGGGUGCUGAUCCAGCAGUUGGAGACAGCUCUGGAGUUGAUUGAGGAGAAGGAGCUGCAGCUCCCUGCUGUCCGCCUCAACAACGACCAUGGUAGAUAGUGAAGAAGUGGCCUGCAGGGGUCCCUGCUCAGAAUCACAAAGAUAUGUACAGGAACAGGGUACUCUCCUUCACAAGACAUGGACAGGAACAGGGUACUCUCCUUCACAAGACAUGGACAGGAACAGGGUACUCUCCUUCACAAGACAUGGACAGGAACAGGGUACUCUCCUUAAUAAGACAUGACAUACACAUGGUCCAACAACACCCCAUAGGAUGUAAAGUUGAAAGAAGGAGGCAAUAGAGGAGACGACAGAGGGCUGAGAUCCCUCCCUAUCUAUGUGUUGUGACAUUGUGCCUCAACAGCACUCACACAUGGAGAUGGAAGGGUCAGGGGUUAUAAUUCGGGAGGGAGGAGGAGGGUAGGGCCAGAGCCAGACCAAUGUGGAGAUAAGUUAAGAGACUCUGGAUGUAAUCCACUCCAAUAGUGACUGAUGCCAUUGCUGACCAUAUGGCUAAUUCAGUUUGUCCACAGACAUUGAUUAAUUCACACACACACACCAUAGACUUAGAUAGACAUCGCAUCAUUGUAUCUGUCUCUUUAUGCUGUCUGUGAGAGCAUGGGCAGUGCCAUUAAGGCCAUCUCCAUUUUGAAGUAGCCCAUUUUCUUAUUCUACUACUUCUAUGAGUUGGUAAACAAACUGAAAGGGCGCAUACUGUCCUCUAAAAUGUGUUGUUUGAACAGGUAUAAAGCCAAUGUUUUGCUCACAAGUGUAAUUAUUUGGCUUGUCCCUUCAUGUGAUCCUUCCUGAACCCAUAGGAAGUCCCACCCAGUUGACUACUUCAAAAUGGUGAAAGUCCUUAAUGGCGCUGCCCAUGCUCAAACUGGCUUUUGGGCACUAGUUCUCUAUAUUUCUCUAUGACACACACACACACACACACCUUUUGAAUCAGGUCUUAGUGCAGUUCUGAUUAGUCAUUAUAGGACAGGAAGGAUUUUUCAUGUGAGGCAUGUAAUAAUGGAACUCUUAUUACAGCAAUUUUACAUGUAGUGUAAUUACUAGUAAUACUGGUAAUGACUAUUGACAAUACAGCUGUAGGACAACUGUGCUCACAUUACAGUUUAGAGCAAUAAGGAUAUCUGCCGACUGAUCGGAAGGUUUAACAUUAGCCUAUUUAUGUUUGGCCUAAAUAUAUACAUUUGAUGUAAGAAACACACUGUGUACUAACUACAUAGGCGUUGUGGCUCACAUGAGAAAUCUGAUCUACCUCAAGUCUUCUAGGUGUUGGAGUGCUGUGGGUUUUUGUGCUGCAUGGGCCUGCAGGACAAUAAUACCAUGUCAAAUCACAUACUGACCUAAGAUGCCCUCCAUGGAUCAACUGUCCCAGCAUGGGAGCUGUUCUCAAAGCAAUAGCACACUUCAUGUAGGUUAUGUUCAGUAACGUGUGGACUUGGUUCAGUAAAACAUUGGUGCAGUCACUGAGAUUACGCUAGCUGUUGGGGUCCAUCUUGAGGGACUGGAGCCUGGCCUGCUGUCUCCACUCUCUCUCUCCCUGCCUUCUCCUCGGCACUCUAGUGCACUAUAUACGGAAUAGGGUGCCAUUUUGGAAGCGCUCAAGUGUCACAGUCUCCCCAUUGAUUCUCCCCUGGAAGAACUGUGUGGUCAACCAAAAUCUCUGCUCCCUGUUCGUCGGUCACCUUUUUCUGGACUAGCACAGCUUGGGAACAACCAACCUUCUGUAUUUCAGAGAACAAACACAAGCUACCCAUUUCUCUUUUGUCUUCCCCCCCAAAGUUUCUUUUUCAAAUGAAAGAUUGUAUUUUAUUGUUCAUAAAUCUAAACUAUUUUUGGAUGGUGUUCAUACCAGAACAUUAAAAAAGAGAAUAUUUUGAGAGUAAAAGUUGUAUAAAGGCCAUUUUGUUAACUGUUAUAUAUAUAACAUUGAAAAUGUACAAUUCUUUUUUAAAUAAACAAAAAAAUAAAACAAACAAAUGACUAAAUGUA